GAAUCCAGACGACAUCCAUUCGCUUUGUGCCCAAUGACCGCCAUUGUUAACAUCCUCAUCAUCGUGGGGAAGGUGCCCCAGCUCGCUGGUGGAUUCUCCUCAGGAUGGGAGGAUGAUGUACCCAUCUAUGAGGCUGACUUAAGUAGCGAGGGCAGCCGAGAGGACAAUCCUCACCUGGACCAGUUCGUGGUGCACGCUGCCCUGGAUUUAGUGGAUGAGAUGGUUUGGAGCACCUCUUCGAUGUUUCUUCGAGUGGUGGACAAGUUCAACGACUUCCACGUCUCGGCCUAUUGCACCGCGGGCCACGUCCGCAUGAUGUUGCUGCACAAGCAUCGAAACGAAGAGGCCAUCCGUGCCUUCUUCAGUGAGAUUCAUGAGCUCUUCAUCAAAGCCAUGCUGAGUCCAUUCCAGACGCCGAACAUGCGGAUCCUGUCGCCCAUCUUUGAUCAGAAGGUGGACAGCAGAGCAGACUGGUUUGCUACACUCCUCUUGAAAUCAUUCAUGGUGGAAGUGGAUGGCACAAGUGAUCGAUCACCUCGAGCACAGCAAUCGCCAAGUCCACCACGUCGCUCCGGAUCUUGCCAGAGGUACAGUGAGGACGGAGGCUUAUUCAAGGAAACAAAACUCCCGUUGGCCAAGCCGGAACUGGAUCUGCGCACCGGCCGCUACAAAGCACUCACGAACUGCUUCGAUCGUGUGAGGUUGAUUCGAUCGCGGUUUCAGUGCCACCACCGGUGCGACCUCCUGUGGAAUCUCUUCAGGUCCAGGUACCUCCUGAACUUAAUCUUCAAGGUGAACGUGCUUCCACAGGGGACAGGGUCAAUGCUGCUGAACUCAUGUCACACUUACAUUCGCCUGGCCGAGCACGAAGCGGCGAAGCCGCGGCUUAGCGGCUUCGAAGCGCUCAGGGCGGGCUGUGGAUGUGUGCAUGAAGAGGACCUUACAGGCCAAUCGGUGCUGCUCCUGCCGUGGAUUGACGUCACCAGCUCAGUACCGGUCCGUCGCGACGAGGAUGGCCUUCGUCGAGACGUUCCGGCAGUGGUGGGUCUGAAUGAAGAGGUGCAGAGAUUCCGACGAGUUGGGAGCAGAGAGGAGCGGAGUGGUCGGGUCUGGCAGGUCCUGAUGAAGCAGCCGCGGGAGCCUUGCGGAGCGCUGAAAUCGCGCAGAGCGCAGAGCGAAGAGCGGCGCGGCCAAGCCCUGGAACUGCUCCCUGGUUCGGUGGCGAGCCCUGGAGGCGACGGCAGCGCGCUGGAGCUUCGGAGGCUCAAGGAGUUGGACGACGACACCUGGACGGAGCUCAAGCACUUCGUGGAGCGCUCCCCCGAGACGGCGCACUCCCUGCAGGGCGUGGCACGGAAUCCCGAAGCCUUGCAGGGAUGGCUGCAACUGCACGCCGUAGCUGAGCACUAUCAGAUGAACGCGCAUCGCAGCCAGAGCUUCGAGCAUUUGCUGGAAGGCUUCGAGAGUGAUGAAACCUUGGGGCCCAUUUUCCAGGACUUACGGAUGAAUGGCGUGAAGGCUGUGAUGAGCUAUUCUGACGAGGCAUUGAUGAUGAAAGUGAGCGACCAGUUUCGGAAGCAGGUCUUGCAAUGGGAGACUUCACUUCAGAAGUUGGAAGGACUUCCAUACCCCUUGCACGAGGCGGCCAAGGAUGGCGACCACCGACUGGUGCUGGCGCUCCUCGAGCGCUGCCGCGCGAGCGACGUGGUCGACAUCGACCGGCCCGACAGUGAGGGCAUCACCGCUUUGGGCUACGCCGUUUGGGCGGGACACUUGAACUCCACGAAGCUCCUCAUCGAGCAAGGUGCCGACCCCUACGCGGUGGAUAGUUGUGGAAACAGUUGCGUCCACUACGCGGCGGGCUAUGGGCACCCAGAGCUGUUGGAAUAUUUGUUGGAAUUUGGCUUCAGUAUGCACCGGAGAAAUGCCGCAGGUUUGACUCCCAUGGCCGUGGCGCUUCAGAGUCAAGAGAUGGCAACGAUCCAUGUCUUGGAGACCUUCGGCGUUUGA